AUGGACUUUAUAGAUCAAAAACUACAAUCACUCUUUGCUGGAAUUCCAAGUGAAUUACAUUUAUUGACAGCUGUCGAAAUUCUUAACAAUGCUUUUUCUAAUGAUGAUCAAGAUUAUGAAACACAAGAAAAUGCUCGAAAUGCCUUAACUUACUUACGAAUUAAAGCAGCAAAAGGAGAUAUUGAGGCAAAAAUAAAAUUAAGUACAAUCCUUGACAGGAAAAAACAAGACUCGAAUUUAUUCAUACAGAUAGAUAAAGAGGAAGCCAAUUUAUGGGCCCGUAGUGUCUUUGAUCGACGGUUAUCAGCUGCUUUAACGCCUUGUACAUCCGAACUCAUUUUAUUAACACAACAGCAAGAUAACAGGACUAGCCUGAUUGAACGCUUGAUAGAACGAGUUGAUCAUGGCCUUCAGAGUGAUCCCUCAGAAAGUCUAAAAGGGAAAAAGAAAUUACGUUCAUUAUGUUAUUUAGUAGGAAUCUUAUUUAUUGAUGGCACAGCUAUUGAACAAGAUAUGACACGUGGCAUGACAUAUCUGUCAAGGGCCUCUGACUUGGGUAAUGAAAAUGCUGGAAUCACACUUGCUAAAAUCCUGAGUGAUCCCUAUAAAUACCCACAACACUAUGACAUGCACAAAAGCCUUGAAAUUUAUGAGGCAAUGGCUGAGCGCAAAUUAAAGGAUAUGCGUGCUCUCACUGACCUCGCUCAUGUCUACUACGAGGGUACCCAUCUAAUUCCUCGCGACCUUGAUAAGGCUUAUCACUACGCUCGUCGUAUUGCAGAAUCAACGGGUGAACAGUACUGUCAAUUUAUUGUUGGGGACAUUUUACUAAGUCGACAUGAUAUUCAGCAAGCCAUCUUUUGGUUAACACAGUCUGCUGAACAAGGUUUCCCAAUGGCCAUUGAGACGUUAUCGAGGAUUUAUUUUGAGGGUAGUCUUGUUGAGAGAGAUUAUGAAAUGGCACAUCACUGGUGUUUAAUGGGCGAUGCUAUUUGGCCUUCUGGGUUAGGGUAUUGUCAAACAUGUCUAGGUGACAUGUAUCGUCAAGGGUUAGGUGUUCCAAAGGAUUUAAUUCGAUCAUUUGAGUAUUAUCAAAAGGCAGCUACACAGCAAAAUACACCACAGAAUUAUGCGCGUUAUAUGUUGGGAGAAAUGUAA